AUGAGGAUUAUUUACCAGUAGUAGCUACUCUGAUUACGGUACGGGCAUUACCUCACACUACAAAAAACAAUUUUAACAUGAAUUUCGUGCUCGAAUUCUCUCAGGUUUCGUCUGAAUCCUUGCUCUCGUUAGAUUCUUAGUUUCUGCUGGACAUAUGUGCCACUUUCUUUGCAAUGACCAACGCACUUGUUCAGAUGAGGGUCCGUUUGAUGAAGCCGAGUUCACACUAAUAAUUAGGCCGCUUCCUCUACUCCUCCGUUGUCGGCGCUUUCUUCUUUACUAUCGCCGCCCUUCGCACCGCAGCAUCCACCCUUGAGUCCUAGUUUUUCGCGUUGUUCGGCACUCAGAAGGAGCAUCGGAAAGAUGCGAACUGCAGGAGAAUCGUCGUACGCCAGAUCCACUCCAAGAAGAGGGACGCUCGCCACGGCAAUGGUGAGACCGAGCAUGGCGGCCCCCAUGACCCCGGUGUAAAAGCCACAAAAAAGGCCCCAUCCUGUGACCGGAAAUUUAUCGGGUUGGAGUACCGUGAGUCCGGAGGUAAUAACACCGAGGGCCGUGACAAAGCCGUCGAGAAACGGCCAGCCCUCCGCGAGGGACAUGAAGCCACCCCAAUAUGCGGCCCAAAUGAUCGACAAGACAACAAUGAUUAUGUAGAAGACAAUCAUUUUGAGAAAGAGACCCGACUUGGUGCGCGGAAUCAAUAGGGUUCCCUCGGGAUCGAUUUUCUUCAUCAGCAUGCCACCUUUGAUGUCGAGCAAACCCUCGAUCAUCGGACCGGCGGAAACUCCGAUGAAACAGGCUAGGAUCACCUGGUGGGCAACCGCCAGGAGAUUAACAAUGGCGAAGCUUCCCGUGCCAUCAGUGGGCGGAGCCCAAUCCGUGAGGGGAAUGACAGAUCCCGUAAAGAGGGACAUCUCAAAAAAAAAGGCAUUCAAGUAUGCCGUCUUGUCGGCGAGAGCGAUCGGCCAAGCCCAAAACAAUGAAAAAAUGACACACGCCAAUGGAUAGUAUAGCAUCCAGAGAACAAACAACCGGUAUGCUGAGGAAGAGUGGAAUUUUUGUAGACAACUAGCCAUGUUGAACAAUAUUUUGCCUUUCUGAUUUUUGCAGAUAGAUUUUUUGUCUUUCGAGUAAAAAUUUAUUGUGACC